AAAUAAAAUAAAGUUAGCGAAAAAAAAAUAUUUCAACUGAACACUCUUUGGUCUCUCUCCGAGUCGUCAUUUUGACUUUGUUCUAAUCCGAUUUCCGUUGCUUUCAAGGUUUCAGCUGUGAAUUGAGUGAGGACAAUUCUAUCGUGUAUAGUGAAAAAGCUUAGACUGAAGGUAAAAUGACAAUCAAGAACUCAAAUUCAGAGCUUGUACCUAUUGCAUCAACCAUUUCUCCACCGAAUUCAUAUGGAUCCGUUGUUCUAGGAGGCACCUUUGAUCGCUUACAUGAUGGUCAUCGUCUUUUUCUUAAGGCAGCUGCAGAGUUGGCUAGGGAUCGAGUUGUAGUAGGCAUUCUUGAUGGCCCAAUGUUGACCAAGAAACAGUUUGCCCAUCUUAUUACACCUAUUGAACAUCGAAAAAGAGUUGUUGAAGAUUACAUUAAGUCUAUAAAGCCUAAUCUGGAAGUAGAAGUUGAACAUAUAACAGAUCCUUAUGGCCCUUCAAUUGUUGAUAAGAAUCUGGAAGCCAUUGUUGUCAGCCAGGAGACAUUACCUGGUGGAUUAUUGGUAAACAAGAAGAGAGCUGAGAGAGGCCUUUCACAACUAAAGGUUGAGGUUGUAAAUCUUGUAUCUGAUGAAUCUAGUGGAGAAAAACUGAGUUCUUCUACAUUGAGGAAGGUGGAGGCUCACAUUGCUGGAAAACUUUAGCUAGGUAUGCAUCUGUAACAUAUUUCUACAUAUGCUUCAUUUGAAUAAUAGUUGAAUCCAGAGGGAUAAAUUUGCAACAAAAGUCUUUGUGGACCAAACUUGCAAAAAUGGUAUAGCACGGGGUUAAACUUGUAAUUUUAUAAUGAUAGAGUGUAGAUCUAGAAAUGAUAAACAUACUUUCUUUUUAGAAGCAAGAUCUUAUAACUUCUAUAUUAAACUACCUGUAUACUAAACAGAUUUGCUUCUUACAAGUAUGCAAUUCAAGAACCUUAAUUUUUAUUGCA